AGGCUGAGGUAGAAGAGGAAGGAAGGAGCCACAGCCCCUCCUCAAUUCACCAGAGACAGCGAGUCGGAGGUGAACGGCUAGCGGAGAAAGGUAGAGGAGAAUGGCUCAAGCACUAAUGACCCCCGUGGCUCCUUCUCUCUCCCUCAUCUGCAACCCUUCUAGAAGCUCUGGUUCCUUCUCCACCCUUCUCCCCUUCCCCGUCCCCAACCCUCCCAAGCUCCCAGGCCUAAGCAUCAAGUGUGCCCGUGUCGGGGGAGUGGAGAUCCCAAACAACAAGCGUGUUGGGUUCUCCCUCCAGUACAUCCACGGGAUUGGGCGCACCAGUGCCCGCAAGAUCCUUUGCGAUCUCAACAUGGAUAACAAGAUCACCAAGGACUUAUCUGAGGAAGAGCUCAUCACUCUUCGUGACGAAGUCUCCAAGUAUAUGAUCGAAGGAGACCUGAGACGAUUCAAUGCACUCGCUAUAAGGAGGCUUAAAGAAAUACAGUGUUACAGAGGUGUGAGGCACAUCCAGGGGCUCCCAUGCAGAGGCCAGAGGACCAAGAACAAUUGCCGAACAUUGAAGGGCAAGCGUGUGGCUAUUGCUGGGAAGAAGAAGGCUCCUCGUUAACCCUGUUGGGCAGAUUUUCAUUUCCCAUUUGUGUUUGUUGCAAUAGUUUGGUAAAAAUGAGACUUCGGGUCUCGGGUAUCAGUUGGUGCACAGGAAGACUGUAUUUGUUGUUGAACCAAACAUCGUAAGGCCUUAGGAAAUGUCUAAAGAAGCUUUGGUCGACCUGUCUCUUAGUAAUUGAUACCCUUCUUUAUUCGCCGAUCACUUGUUCGUCUGCAAAGCCGAGUUUUUCA